UAUCAAACCAUGAAGCUUCUCAUCGUCCUCCUCGCUCUCAUCGCUGUUGUUGUAGCCUCCAGCUACGGAGCUCAAAACGACUACCCAACAGAUGUUGGAUAUGGAAACCCUGGCUAUGACAACGGAAAUCCCUUCUACAAGCCACGCAAGCAUCACAGAAGACGCCACGGACGUCGUGGAAGACACGGAAGACAUGGAAGACAUGGAAGAAGACAUAGUGAUUCAUCCGAUUCUAGCUCUGAAUCAAGAUCCAGAUCAUCGUCGGGAUCCAGUUCAUCCGAGUCACGCAGCUACGAGAGAGAUUACUACUACGUCCCAAGAUGGCCAACCGCCCCAAGUUACGGAAACACCGGUAACGAUGUUCCAGCUGGAACAGCUUACGGAUCACCAGCCAACGAUCCACCAGCACCUGCUCCAUACGGUACCAACACAUUUGGCGGAAAGUAAAUAAUUGCGAUGUUUUUAUUAAGAUAUUUUGGAUGUGGUAAUGAAUGGUAUCUAAUUGAACUUCCG